GGAAGCCGCCCCCGCCAGCACACUCAGCGAGAACCGAGACCGGAAGCGGAAGUGCGGCGGCGUCGGGACAAGAAACUCAUCUCUGGAGCUCAAGCUUGUUUUGAAAAUAGCCUCAAGUUCUACCUGUCCUCGCUGCUCUAUGGUUUUCUAUGUGACCAGAGCCCUGUCCUGAGUGAACUGUGGGGAUAAGAGGCGGAUCGUUCUUGUUCUGCUCCCUGUUGUUCAGGAAAACUUACUGUCUGAAUCACAGGAUGGCGACCAUGGUUGUAUCCCCCACUUGUGCUCAGUCUUCCCCAUACCCAGCCUCUCACCAGAAAGGAUGCACAGAGGAGGAAGGGUUGGCUAAUGGCUUCCUGACAAACUGGUUACAGGACUUUGUGACCUUCAAGGAUGUGGCCAUACAGUUUACCCAGGAAGAGUGGGCACUGUUGGACCCUUCUCACAGAACACUGUAUAGAGAUGUGGUGCUGGAGAACUGCAGGAACCUGGCAUCACUUGGUAAUCAAAUUGAUAAACCCCUUCUGAUCUCCAAAUUGGAGCAAGAAGAUAAAGUGAUGACAGAGGAGAGAGGAAUUACCCCAGACACCUGUCCAGAUUUGGAGAUUCUACUUAAAGCCAAAGGGUUAACUUCUGAGCAGCAUGUUUUUAGAAAAGAGCCAUCUAAAGGUAUCACAAUAGAGAAGCGUCUUCUUGGAGUGAAACUCAAGGAAUGUAAUCAGUGUUUUAAAGUCUUCAGCAUAAAAUCAAACCUUACUCAGCAGAAGAGAAUUCAUACUGGAGAAAAACCCUAUCAUUAUAAUCAAUGUGGCAAAUCCUUCAGCAGCAGAUCCUACCUCACUGUUCAUAAGAGAAUAUAUAAUGGAGAAAAACCCUAUGGAUGCAAUGACUGUUGGGAAAGCCUUCAGUAAUCCCUCAGACUGCAUGUGAGAACUCACACUGGAGAAAAACCCUAUUCAUGUAACCAGUGUUUUCAUGUCUUCCGCACCAGAUGUAUCCUCAAAAGGCACAAGGGAAAUCAUACAAGGGAGAAUCAUUAUGAAUGUAAUCAGUGUGGCAAGGCCUUCAGCAUGAGGUCCUCCCUUACUGGGUACAAUAGAAUCCAUACGGGGGAGAUUUGUGAAUGCAGUGAUUGUGGGAAAACCUUUAGGAAGAGCUCACAUCUGACACAGCAUGUGAGAACUCAUACUGGAGAAAAACCCUGUGAAUGUAAUGAUUGUGGAAAAUCCUUCAGCAGUAGUUUUUCUCUUACAGUGCACGAGAGAACACAUAAUAGAGAGAAACCCUAUAAAUGUAGUGACUGUGGGAAAUCCUUUAAUAAUCUCUCAUCUGUUAAGAAACACAUGAGAACUCACACUGGAGAAAAACCCUGUGGAUGUAAUCAUUGUGGGAAAUCUUUCAGUAGUAACUCCUACCUUUCUGUGCACAAGAGAAUCCAUAAUAGGUAG